AUGUCUAUAGGAGUAACUGCUGAACAAACCUCAGCUUUCACAGUAGCUUCUAAAGAAUUUAGUGGUUAUUUUACUACCGUUUUCGGAGUUACAGAAGUUUUUGUUGGUUUAGGAUUAACUAUUGGACCACUAGUUGGUGGUGUCUUAUCUAAUUAUGGUGGUUUUAGUUUGCCGUUUUUUGUUUUGGGUGGUUUAGUUCUCUGCAGUUUAAUAUUUAAUUAUUGCCUUACUCCUUCCAUUGAAGAUAAACCUCAGGUGGCUAAAUUAAGACGUAAAAAUGGUUUGUUAUUACUACGUCACCCGUCUAUUAUAAUCACCUGUCUAGCCGUGGUGUGUGGUUCCGGUGUCUGGUCAGUUUUAGAUCCUAUUUUAGAACCACAUUUAGCCACGUAUAAUUUAAGUCCAACCAUAGUGGGAGCAGUGUUCUUAUUACUGUCAGCAUCCUAUGCCUUUAGUUGUGCUAUCUGUGGCUGGAUAGCUGAAAAACUGCCAGAUAACAGAUUGUUAAUGAUACCAGGGUUUCUGUUGUGUGGAGUAGCUCAUUGUCUCUUGGCUCCAAGUCCUAUAUUUGGCUUUGAUCCUUCUUACAAUGAAUUGUGGCUGAUUAUUGUAUCAUUGAUAUUACUUGGAAUUGCUAUGAGUAUGGCCAUUAUACCAUCUUACGAUAUCAUCAUGGAAAUAGCUAUAGAAAGUGGAUAUCCAGAUAAUCUAGGUACUCAUGGACUAGUAGCUGGUUUGUGGAGUGCUAUGUAUGCUUUGGGAGAUUUUAUUGGUCCAAUAUGGGGUGGCUAUAUACAAGAUCUGAUUGGAUUUGAAUGGGGUUUGACCUACACAGCCGGUGCUUGUAUUGUUAUAGUGAUUUUAUUAACUGGUAUUGCUCUGUACGAUUGUUAUUGCUGUGAAGUUGAAGAUGAUGAUGACACUAUCUCCGAGAAGUCUUCACUUUUGAAGAACGUAGCUCCAAAACGUACCAGAGCCUAUUCAGAACCAUGUCUAGGAAAACGAUUGGUUCCUGUUUUAGAACCGCAGAGUUAUCAGUUCGAUGCAACCGAAAGUUUUUCGUCUAGUUGGACAGGCUCAUCUGUAGAAAAUAUGGACCAGUAUCAAUAUUUCGCGCGUGGAAAUAGAUUAUCGGAAAGCGAUCAUGAAAAUGAGAUCGUCCAGUCCAAUACUUCCUGCAUUCAGCAGAACGGACAUUCCUCAGUGGACUUCGUCAUUCCAAAAAGAACAAUUUUCCGCAAGGAGGUGAAAGUGGCCAAAAUUCAUCCUAAAGGGUCCAAUGGUGCUUAUCCAGAAGUCACGACAUGCAAUCUCGUUCACCCAUCUACCUCUCAACUUCCACAAACUGUUACAAGUGAUUUGAUUGGUUCAAAUGAUUUGGAUCCAGCAAAUCAGAAUAAAAAUUGUGAGUACAGUGCCUUGAAGUGUAGUGAUACUAUGCAAGAUUUGUCACAACUUUCUGCGAAGCCUGGUGCUAAAGAAAAUAGUCCUCAAACCCUCAUCCAAAAUGGCUGCCUUCUACCAGAAUGUGAUUCAAAUGGUGCUAAGUGUGAAGACUACUUAAAUUCCAAUCUUCCUGAUGAAAGAACUAACAAGGAAAUCAAAUUUCCACAGAGUCAUGAGUUUACCAAAGAUGUAUGCGAGACUGUGAAUCCCGCAGAAAAUGGCGUCUGUCUUGAAAAUGGAGCAUGUCUUGAAAUUGGAGCAGAGACGAAAAUCAAGUCUUGUGAAUCUUUUAAAAAUCCAGAGACAAAUGCAGAUUUGAAGAGUUGUUCUGAGGAAAAUGUGUGUAAAGCGAACUUAGAAACCCCAAAAGAUUUGUCAGCCAUUUGCAAUAUUUAUCCAAAAGUGGUCAUCUGCAAGCCCCUUGGUAACCAUGACGACUCAGAUGUAAGUGUUUCCUCCAAUGAAAAUGAAGAGAAUCAAGCAAGCGGGAAAAGUAAAGCUACCCUUCCAAAAAUCAUCAUACCCAAACCUAAACUCUAUGUGAAACAUAGCAUGGAUUCCAAACACGACAAAAUGGCCGCCAAGCCGUCUGCUCAUGUGAAAACACAAAAUCAGGUUUUGAUAAAUCGUAGAAAUGGAAUUCGUUCCCCGUUAAUUAAAACUUUUACCGAGGCUUAUAAAAGUGGGAUGAUAGAAUCAACCAGUUACCAUCGUCGAUACAAACGAACUUUGUCUACGCCAGAAUACUCGGUCCGCGCGCCAGAUUAUCCUAAAGAGAAGCGUUCACACACAUCCCCAGAUUCAGACCAUACUUAUAAACACCCUGAAAUGGAAGCUUCCAAUAAUUUUGUGCAGUUCCCAGAUUUACCUACGUUACCUUUGUUGUGA